AUGGAUAAAUAUCUGAAAAGAAAAAGUAAACAAUCUGAACUGGGUCCUGGAGAAAAUUGUGACCCAGAUGAAGGCCCUAGUAUGAGUAGUGGUCAGAAGAAAGCAAAAAGGUUUACAGAAACUAAUAUGUCUUCAUUAAACGAAACCAGUUAUUCAGUAAAAGAGUUCCUUAUCACUGGAUUUCUUCGAUUCAGAGACCAAGAAAGCAGGAGAACUCUGUUUGGCGUCUUCCUUACUGUCUACAUUUUCGUCCUUUUGGGGAACAUUCUCUUAAUCCUAAUUUUUGUAUCUGACAGAGCACUUCACACCCCAAUGUACAUAUUAGUCUGUGGCCUAGCCAUUCUCGAUGUUGCCAUCACCACUAACACUGUGCCCAGUAUGCUAGUCCUAUUCACACUUGAAUACAGGUCUGUGCCUUUUGCCGCUUGUUUUACUCAGACAGCAUUCUGGCUGGGUCUUUUUGGAACUGAGAGCUCCCUCCUUGCACUCAUGGCCUAUGACCGCUAUAUAGCCAUCUGUCACCCUCUUCACUAUUCCAAUUUAAUGACUAACCUUCGCAUCUCAAAACUGAUGGCUUCCUGCUUGGUGGUUGGGUUUCUUUGUGCGAUUGUUACUUUGGCCCUUGUUCUCAGGCUUUCAUUUUGUGGUGCUAACACAAUUACUCACUGCUUUUGUGAAAUUACUUCUCUUAUGUUUCUAACCUGUGGAGAUAAUAUGAUUACUGGUUAUUUGAUAUUAUCCAUUGGCUUGAGUGUGUCUUUCCUCCCACUGGUAUUUAUCUUCUUCACCUAUGUACGGAUUAUAAUAUCAGUUGUCAAGAUUUCCAGCAAAGAUGGACAGAUGAAGGCCUUCUACACUUGUGGAACACACCUGCUGGUCAUUUCUGUGUUUUUCCUGGGAGUCAUCAUCACGGAGAGAAUUCCUGUUACAUCUAUGGACAGCCGCAUAAUGGGCCUGAUAAUACAGAAUGUCUUUCCAGCUUUAAUGAAUCCUGUCAUUUACUGUCUCAGGACUAGAGAGAUUCAAAGCAGUUUGGCAAAAACUUUAAAGAAAUGUAGAGCUUUAGCAGCUGGUAAAUAG